UAGUUUUCUCGUGUCUUCGUUGGCAGAUGCUGCCGCCGCUCUGACUUCACUUCUGGCCUUAUCCUUCCUCCCUGCUGCUCCUCAUCCUCCAAGCCCAUCCUUUCAUCUCCGUGCGACGCCGCCUAUCACCACCAUAGCCGUGCCGCGGCUCGAUCUGCUGCUCCCGAGCGCAGCCACCUCGUCCCUGACGCCGAGCUCCUUCUCCCCUGCCUUCUUUUCCCCGUCAUCUCCGUGUUCCCUUCUUCUCUUUUUCUCCCGUUUACUCCCAUCUCCCUCUAUCUCUCUUGCUCUCUGUUACGGGGAGGCCGCCAUGGACGCCCGAGGUCCUCGGCUCCGAGCCUCCGACCCACACCCCGGCGGCCCUAGACGUCGCCUAGGUGAGCAGCAGCUGCACGGAAGACCACCAUGCCCGCUGCAGGAGCUUCGAGCCGACCCCGCAGCUUGGAGACCGCCACCGCCCAUCUGUCGUCGGGAAUCGCCAGAUCCGGCCCCUCUCCGACCUGCCUCGCCGUCCUUCGUCCGUUCCAGAUAUCUUCCCGACACCAGGAGCUCAGGCGAGCGCCACCACAAGACCCUGCCUCCUCUGCCCCGUAGCCCGCCAUGGAGGUCAUCGCCUCUACGUCUUGAUUCGUCCACCGUGGGAUCCAUGAUGGUCUCCUCCAGGGACCCGCCAUGGAGGUUGCCGCCUCUCCCAUCUCGAUCCAUCUGCCCUCGGAUCCACGGCGGAGCAGCCGAGAUCCGCCGCCCGUUCUGCGACGCCUCGGCCCGCCAAGGCCAGCGCCGAGGCCGACAAGGCGCGCAAGAGGACUUGCAUGUUGGGCUCGCCUACCGCAAGUGCGCCCGCGAGCUCACCUCCAUCCCGGCCCAGGCCACCGCCGGGACGCCAGUUUUUUUUAAAAUGAAUAGUUUCCCAGAUUCUUUUAAUAGGGACUGCGGGUUGAUUUCGCAGAAACACAUGACUUUUUUGUAAAAUUGGUGACGACGUACGACCAAAAACUCUACAUGCUUUAUUAUUACUAGCAAAAGAGCCCGUGCGUUGCAACGGGACAGAAAAAACACACGCUCUUAACCCAAUGACCAC